AUGGAGCUGGUGGCGGACAGGGCCAAACAGCUCCGCUUCCUCCACGCUGUACCGCAUCUCUGCUUAUCGGCACAGAAGCAGGGGCGGGACACCCUGGAGCCCCCGGUCUCCAAAGCGGCCAUCGUGGAGAGCAUUGCGGAGCUGACUGAAAAUCUCCCUGGUCCGUCAGAGCCAAGCUCCAUCAUGCCCAGCUCCAUGGCCGCAGUUUGCAGCCUCAGCAAACUGAAGCCACCGCUUGCCCUGGAGCUAGAAUCUCGCCUUCUGCGGGCUCUUCUGAACAGGAUGUACACCCUGGGCACUGGGCAGGACACCACACACUUCCGGGCUCUGCACAACCGCUAUUCACAGAGCCGGGACACCAUCCUCAGGGGCCUUCUGACAGAGACCCCCACCAUGGAGAAGCUGCAGCACCUCCUGGAGCACGUCCAUCCCUCUCUCCUGUCAAACAACACCCAGGAGAGAGCCAGGGCCGUACAGACCAGCGCGGCCCUGCUCCAGUUUGCCACCUCCCUGCCUGGAUUUGACACCUCCUCCAUCUUCUCCAAGGCAGGUGAAUUCGUGCUGCAGCUGGGUCUCUGUGUAUCUCACCCAGCCAGUGACAUCAGUCGGCAAGCCAGGGGUGGGAUCUAUUGGCUGCACAAGCUCCUGCUCCAGAAGAGGGGGCUCAACACCAGAGAGGCCCCAGACCUGUGGUGCCGGGACGGGCUCCAUGACCCCGAGCGCCUGGGGUAUAGAAACCUGGCCAGGGUGGGAGAGGUCUUUGGCGAGCUCUUCACAGAGGAGCAGAAAAGAUCUUUCCUCGAGGCGGGGCUGCUGGCCAUCCACGACCCCCUCCUCCGCGUCAGCCAGGCUGGCCUGGUGCUGACCUAUUCCAUCUUGGGGGAAGCCGGCCAGCUGCUAGAGGACGAGGAGGACAUUACAGCCAACAUAUCGGUCCAACUAUUUAAUAUCAGGGUCUUGGGCCAGGUGCCCGAAGCCCUUCAGGGGCUGUGCUCCGUGGGGCAGCAUUGAAGACCACCCCCUCUUCGCAUGACCAGCUCCCACCCCCUGCCGCAGCCUCGCUCCAGGUCCUCCAGCCACCCGCUCCAGCCCUGCCUCCUCCUCCUCGUGAUCUUCCCCGACACCCGCAAUUUCGACCACCCGGCUUCGACCUCCGGCGCAGAUACGGACUCUGGCUCCGGAUGUGCCUGCACAUAGUCAACACCUGGCUGCAGUAGACAGGCCCCACCAUAAAUCAAACCCUAACCCCGCCCCAUGACCCCUUAGUCCCUCCCAGCUGUCUCCGGAAGUCCCACCCCAUGGGGGUAUUUCUUCGUGGUCAAGGCGGCCACAUGACUGGAAGCCAGGUGUGUCAUGUGACCCCUCUAAGAACUCCUCCCACCACCCUCUACCAAUCAGGAUGGGUUUCCUCCUGGAAGGUCCACCCCAAGAG